AUGAAUUUGGUAAAAUAUUUGAGUGUGUUAGUGGUGUUUCUUAUACAGGAUGGCGACACAGGAGGUCACGGCGGAGAUCAUCAUGAUCACGUCAGGCUGCAUAUGCCGGAGUUCAUUCACCACGAUCACCACACAAAAGUGAUAACGAUCCACCACCAUCAUCACAAACCAAAGAAAGAGCAUCAUCAUCACCAUCACCAUCAUCACCAUAAGCCACAUAUUCCGUAUGGGCACCAUUAUCAUAAGCAUCACAAAAAACUGCACACAACGAUCAAGACGGUCACUAAAGGCAAACAAAAACCCCAUGCACACCAUGGACAUCACGGACAUCACGGCCAUCAUGGUUAUCGUGGGCAUCACGCUCACCACGACCCCGUACCUCAUUUUGAAACACCUACUGUCAACUAUGAACCACCAUCGUAUAAUUAUAAUCCACCGUCUGCCAAUUACGAUCCACCUUCAUACAAUUACUCUCCGCCUUCAAGCACCUUUGAAGAAGAUUUUGCAUCUUUUGCACCAGCGGCUCCCGUUUAUACAGGGAAUAUUAAUCCACAACAACCUCGAGUACAUGGUGUUUCUCAUACAGUAAAACAAGUGAAUGUAUUCGACUCGUUGCCAGGUGCGUUACCAUCGGCGGCUGGCAAACCAGCUGCCAACCCUGGAUAUGAAGUGACAGAAGCUGAAGAUGACGAAGAUUCCUUUACGUCUGUAAAUACCCUACACCAAACUUACCCGUCCACUUUUGGAUUUGUAAGAGGAGCAGCAUCUACACACGAUCCGUUUGCAGAGCCCACACCUCAAGUGGCAGGUGUAGCAGGUAUUGCUUCAGUGCAAUCACAUGACCCAUUCUCUACCAAUCCACAACCUACAUUAAGUCUUAAUAAUAUCGAACCGUUUACUGGUACAGUUCAAACUAUACCAUUCUCCUCUUCAGCACCGGAUCAGAGUUCUGGUCUGCCGAGUGUUCAGCCAUCACCAGAAUUUUCAGUGACGUUCCAAUCAGAUGUCCAUAGUGAUGACCUUUCGCCUACUUCGUUUGUUGGAUCUACUGGGAGUGCAUUUGCGGCUACAGAUCAUGAAGCAGAUGAUACACCUGUAACAUUCAAUAGGGAGGCAGGAAUCCAACAAACUUUUAAAACGGGCGCUGUUGAAACUAUUGAGUACUAA